AGCAACACGCGCACAGUAGCACAGCUCCACUCCACUCUCCCCCUCCACUGCACCGAUGCAAACCGACGAACACCUGGGAGCAAUGGCUCCCUGCCUCCUCCUCGUCCUCUUCCUCCUCCCGGUGCUCGCCGCCGGCCACCAGCACCCGUCCAGCUACGGCUCCUCCGCCCUCUCCGAGUGGCGCUCCGCCAAGGCCUCCUACUACGCCGCCGACCCGGAAGACGCCAUCGGUGGCGCGUGCGGGUUCGGGGAUCUGGGGAAGCACGGGUACGGGAUGGCGACGGUGGGGCUGAGCACGGCGCUGUUCGAGCGCGGCGCGGCGUGCGGCGGCUGCUACGAGGUGAAGUGCGUGGAGGACCUCAAGUACUGCCUGCCCGGAACCUCCAUCGUCGUCACGGCCACCAACUUCUGCGCCCCUAACUUCGGGCUCCCGGCCGACGCCGGCGGCGUCUGCAACCCGCCCAACCACCAUUUCCUCCUCCCCAUCCAGGCCUUCGAGAAGAUUGCGCUGUGGAAGGCCGGCAUCAUGCCCAUCCAGUACCGCCGUGUCAAGUGUCUUCGUGAAGGUGGUGUCCGGUUCUCAGUCGCGGGUCGAAGUUUCUUCCUGACAGUCCUAAUUAGCAAUGUCGGUGGUGCUGGCGAUGUCCGGUCAGUAAAGAUCAAAGGAACAGAGUCUGGCUGGCUCUCAAUGGGCCGCAACUGGGGGCAGAUAUGGCACAUCAACUCAGAUUUCAGGGGACAGCCUCUCUCAUUCGAGCUCACCUCAAGUGAUGGCAACACAUUGACCAGCUACAAUGUGGUCCCUAAGGAGUGGGAUUUCGGCAAAACAUACACUGGCAAGCAGUUCCUGCUCUAGUGAAGGAAGGGUACCAAAUUACCAAUAGCAGUUACAAUUUUUGUUCUGAUCCUAUGAGUUGGAGUAUUGUAUAUUCAUCUGAGGAACGAUAAUGUCAUUAGAAAAAAAUAUGUUCAGUGCAAGCCUCCAAUAGUAGUCCAACAUAGUAGAAAAGAUGCUCAUAAACGUGGCAUGUGCCAUUGGAACUCUGAUAAUUGCACUACAGAGGCUUGAUUCACCAUUCAAAAUAGAAGGUUGUACUUGUUGUCUCGAUUGUAUGGUAAUUAUCUGUA